AAUGCAUAGCCAAUAGAGUGAAGUGUUGUAGUGAUUGGCAGUGAAUGACGUGAAUGUGUGACCAAAACAACAACACAUCCACUCUUUGACAACACUUUCAAUUGAUUGCAAUCCAUAUAAUGAUGGGUCAGAAGCCCUCAUCGAUGUCUUCACCAUCAAGUCCUGAACACAUCAUAUUUGACUUCGACAGAGACAUAACUGUGACCAGACAUCAGCGGUUUAAACAUCCGAGCGCCGCCUUCUUCCACAUCAUAUUCAAGAUGUCAUCGAUUGUCACCUAUUUGUUUGGCGGUCUCUUCGGCCAGGACUUUCUGUCAAUAUUUGUUUUAUUGAUUUUAUUGAUAUCAAUGGACUUCUGGACCGUGAAGAACGUGACGGGAAGGCUAUUAGUGGGUCUUCGGUGGUGGAACCGCAUCGAUGACGAGGGUAACAGUCAGUGGCUCUUUGAGAACAAAUACAAGAAAGACAACAACAGCGACGACUCAAUCAAAGACUUGAAUCAAUUGUCUGAAAAUACGGCCGAUUCGACCAUCUUCUGGACGGCACUAAUCGUUGCACCGAUUCUUUGGUUUAUCUUACUUUUAGUCACUAUUUUUCGACUCAAUGUCCAGUGGUUUAUGGUGGUGUCUUUAGCUCUGGUACUGAGCGCAUCCAACCUCUACGGCUAUAUUCGGUGCAAAUUGGGUGGAAAUUUCAAAUCAGUUUUGACACAAUAUGUGGGAAAACAGAUAUUUUAUAAUUUCAUGUCUUCGUCCAACGCUAAGACAACUCAGAAUAUGAGUGGAUAUCCGAGCGCUUAAGAGGCAGUCAUUUGACGCCAACAUUCCAGAGGUUUAAACUGAAGGCUUUGCGAAUACUUUCAUAACUAGUCGUCACUAUAUUUAAAGAACUUUCGAUGUCCUCAGCCGUGAAGUGAGGAAAAUAUUGUUUAACUAAUUUAUAAUCUUGUAAUCCAUGU